AUGCAGUCGCAUACGUUUUCACGGAGCCGCGGGGUCCCGAUCUACAUGAAUGGCAGCGUUUCGCAGCAGCGACUCGCCGGACGCGUCUCCGAGCCAUCGACAUCCCGCCAAAUCCCGAGAUCGAUAUCGCUGGCUCCGAAUUUGCGAAAUCAUUCAAAUCAACAUCAAGAUCCAAACCUUCCACCAACCUUCGUGCCAAGAUUCCAUGAAGAGGCUGCUGUUCGGCGAAUGAUCUACCGCAAGAUUCCUGGAACUGACAUGAAGAUAUCAAAGAUAUCAUUUGGUGCUGCACCAAUUGGCGGAAUGUUUGGCAACGUUGAGGACUCGAUUACUCAAAUAAUCGAAACUGCCAUUCGACAAGGAAUCAAUUAUAUCGACACUGGAUAUUGGUAUAGUCAGAGUCGAAGUGAAUCCAUAUUAGGGAAGGCGCUUUCAAAAAUUCCCCGCAAAUCGUACUAUAUUAGCACGAAAGUUGGACGAUUUGAGCUCGAUUAUGCGCGAACAUUCGAUUUUCGAGCUGACAAAAUUCUAGAGUCGCUGACGAAUAGCUUAAAACGGCUCCAAUUGACUUAUAUUGAUAUUUGCUAUGUGCAGAUUCACGAUGCUGACAUCGCCCCGAAUGAAAGUAUUGUUCUCUACGAGACCCUACAAGCGUUAGAGAUGGCGAAGGCAUCCGGCAAGAUUCGACAUAUUGGUCUCACUGGGUAUCCGCUUGACAAGCUAGUACAAGUCGUUGAUUGCGCUUCUACACGGAUUGAUUUUGUAAUGACUUAUUGUAAGGGAACACUCAAUAACAAUUCCUUGGGACAAUUCGUACCUUGGUUUCAAGCGCGUAGCAUCGCUGUUGUGAAUUCUGGAGCAUUAAGCUGGGGACUACUCACUGACAAAGGCCCGCCACCAUGGCAUCCGGCGAACGACGAGAUUCGUGAAGCUUGCUUGGCAGCAGUGACAUACACUUCGUCGAAAAAUUUGAAUAUUUCAAAAAUUGCAUUAGAUUAUGCUUUGAACUUUCCGGGUAUCAGUACCUGCCUCGUAGGAAUGGACAGUAUACAGCAGGUUCGUGAAAAUGUCGAGCUCUGCGUUUGUGGAAGAAUAACCGAAGUAGAACAGCGAGUUAGGGAUCGAAUUAUGCGCAGAUAUCUUGAUCGACUAGAAAAUGCGGGUUGGGAAGGAGUAGACGUCGCUCAAUAUUGGAAGAAGCUCAAGAAACUUGGCUUAACAGCCCUUGCAACACAUCGUCAUUCUUCGGUGGAAAGCCUAGCAAGCACCUUAAACGGAUUCUCAUUAUACUCAUCGCCGUCUAGUUCUGAAUUGAGGACUCCGAGACGAAGAAGAAAUAACCUACACUAA